AUGUCUACCCUCCUCGAGAUAACCUCAGAGGAGAGCUUUAUCCCUCAGAUCGCCUCCAUCCCAGCGUCAACCCUCGUUGUUCUCUACUUCCACGCACCAUGGGCCGCCCCCUGUGCGCAAAUGCGAGCCGUCCUCUCCGCCCUCGCCUCUCAAUACCCCGUCACUUCCCCGCCAACUGUCGCCUUCUUCAGCAUCAACGCCGAAGAACUGCCUGAUAUCUCCGAAGAAUACGAUGUUACGGCUGUUCCAUAUGUCGUCCUUCUCAGGGACAGUAGUGUUCUGGAAUCCAUUAGCGGGAGCGAGGCAACAAAGGUGCGCGAUGCUGUCGAGCGAUAUGCUGGUGCCGGGUCAAGCGCCGGCGCCAAUGGUGCUGGUUUCACUACUAUCCCACCAGCAUUGUCGGCUGUGCCCAGGGAGGAUGGCCCGGCAACAGCUACACAGGCGCCUAUGUUGUCUGCUGGUCAGAGUGCGGAUGGUGCGCCGGCCUUGACACCUGAACAGUCGAAGGAGGCGUUGUUCGCUCGUCUUGCGGAAUUGGUUAAAGCUGCACCAGUUAUGUUGUUUAUGAAGGGGACGCCUAGCGCGCCUCAGUGUGGAUUCAGUCGGCAAUUAGUUGGUAUCUUGCGUGAGCGGAGUGUCAAGUAUGGAUUCUUCAACAUCCUUGCGGACGAGGAGGUAAGACAGGGCUUGAAGGAAUUCGCGGACUGGCCCACUUUCCCACAGCUUUGGGUCGGCGGGGAGUUAGUCGGAGGAUUAGAUAUUGUCAAGGAGGAACUUGAAAAUGACCCUGAAUUCCUUGAGAGCUUCUCCGUUAACAAAGCCACUGCUGCCGCCUAA